UCCGUUUUCUAUGAGUAAACAUUGACCGAGGAAGCGCUUAGUAAACGCUCAGAGAGAAGACGGAGAGGCAGAGGCAGAGACUACCGCUAAUUUCUUCGUCUGCACGCAAUGAGCGUUAGCCCUCCCGCUGGUGGUAUUCCUUCUCCCAAUUCAGCACUUUUAGCCUCGGUGGAGAUGACUGAUGAUCCUGUCACCAAAGCAGUAAUGGAAAAUGUUUUGGGGCGUUUGCCAACUAAAAAGCCAAGGAGUACUGUAAAAUGUGAUGUCUGCAAUUUGGAAUUUGCUUCACAAACAGUUUUAGAUUCCAUGUGGCUGGCUACAAACACCAGCGCAAGGUAAAAUCGCAAGAUCUCAUGAAAACCUUAGAGGAAAAUGAAAUUGGAUUUGAGCGCGACGACGUCAGUGGAGUCAUUCGAUGUACUGUGUGUGAUGUGACAGUUAAUUCUCCACAACUGUUAGCAACACACAUUGCUGGCAACAAGCAUAAAAAAGGCAGCCAAACGUGCAUCAGGGGAAGGUGGUGUCCACCACCAAAGAAGUCCUGCAGUGGCUCAGGGGUCACAGGCCAGUCCGCACCCCUCAGCAGCAAUGGUGGAAUGGAUGACACAGCGUAUCCCAAUGGCAACUCUGCUGUCCGCAAAUCCUUGGAUGCAGACUUAGAGAUCCCAGAGUGUGUUACUAAGUUGGAGGAGACAAAAGGUGGUGGCAAAUACCUCUGUAACCCAUGCCAGGCACACUGUAACUCUGGCCAAAACUAG